CACCAACUGAACAGAAAAGAAGGCACAGCACAACAUAAGGUUAAGAGUGAAAGCAUAGAGUCAAACAGAGCAUCCUUAGUGCUUGCUGGGUCGCAACGUACCGGCGGCGACGGAGAGCUAUCUCAGCGAUUUCCGAUCACUGCACCGUUGAUCUUCACAAGGGUUUUGUUAUACUUAACUUGAAGACUUUAUGGCAUCAAAGUUGCACCAGCUGCAGUCCAAAGCAUGUCAAGCAUCUCAAUUUGUAGCCAAACACGGGAGUAACUACUACAGGCAAUUGUUGGAGCAGAACAAGCAAUAUAUUCAGGAGCCUCCUACAGUAGAGAAAUGCAACCUGCUUUCAAAACAAUUGUUUUACACCCGUCUUGCUAGUAUUCCGGGUCGUACAGAGUCAUUCUGGAAGGAACUUGAUUAUGCCAAGAAUUUAUGGAAGAACAGGAAAGACCUAAAGGUAGAAGAUGCAGGUAUUGCUGCUUUGUUUGGCCUGGAAUGCUUUGCAUGGUUUUGCGGUGGUGAGAUUGUUGGAAGGGGAUUUACUUUCACCGGUUAUUAUGUCUGACAAAAACCACUUGAAAGUGUAGAUUUUAUCAGUGCUUAUAUACUCCUAAAAGCCAGCUGCUCUGGACAUAAACUGGAUUAUAGCAUUCUACAAGGCAAUUUUUGUUAUUCUGAGUUUUUUUUUUCAUUUGGGGAGAAAGGUUUAAACCCUAGUGGUUAGCUUUCAUAAGUCACAAUAACCCCUUGUAGUUGAAAGCGGGAUGAACCUUGCGUUGUUCUAUUGUGAUGUCGGAGAGCUGGUAAUUUUAUUUCACAAGAAUGGAUUGAUGAUGUACUCCCGCAAUUGUUUUGAAAAUUUAUAUUGCUGUUUAUUCCAA